CGGGACCGGCCCGGCCCCCCCGCCGUGGGAGGCUGCGGGACCCGCCCGCGCCUCUGCGGGGGCCGUGGGCAGCGACCGCGGUGGUUCCUGGUAGACCUUCGGUAUCACCGGCAACCCCCAGCAACCCGUAAACAUCCCCAGCACCCUCUAAAUCCCCCCUCCACCUUCCCGAAUCCCUCCUAAAUCCUCUCUGCAUCCUUUCAAUCCUCCUACCUUCUCUGAAACCUUCCCUGCACCCUUCCUGCGUCCCCUACAGCCUCCCUGCACCUCCCGCAUCCCUCUGCGUUCUCUCUGCAUCCUUGCAACGCUCUGUACCCCUCCCGCAUUUCCCCUAACCCCGCAGCCCUGCGUCCCACUGGUUCCCUCCUAAUUAAUCUCUGCACCGUUACACCCCUCCCGCAUUCCUCUAAAUUCUCCCUCCAUCCUUAUAUCCCCUGCAUGACUUUGCAUACUCCCUGCCGCUCCUUCCUGCACCCCUUUUGCGCUCCCUUCUGCAUCCCUGCAACUCACCCAGCAUUAGGGGGGUUUCUCUGGUCCCCUCCUUGUCCCUCACACCCCUCUCCACGAAGAGCCACCCUGCCUGCACCCUGACCCCCCCACACCUGCUCAUGCACUCACGGGAGGGGAUUUUCAUCUCUGAGGACACAAAGAUCAAAUCCAGUGGGUGCUGCUCUCUUACCCAUGGCUGUCUGGUGCGUGUUUCUAACGGGGAGUGUGACCAUGGCCACGGGGGGCACAGGCAGCCCCCCCAGCGUCCCUCGUCACACCAACCGCCUGAUUAAUGAGAAGUCCCCCUACCUCCUGCAGCAUGCUCACAACCCUGUGGAUUGGUACCCUUGGGGCCAGGAAGCCUUUGAUAAAGCAAAGCAAGAAAACAAGCUGAUAUUCCUGUCAGUUGGCUACUCCACCUGCCACUGGUGCCAUGUGAUGGAGGAGGAGUCCUUCAAGAACGAGGAGAUCGGAGAGAUUAUGAGCAAGAACUUUGUGUGCAUCAAAGUGGAUCGUGAGGAGCGACCAGAUGUGGACAAAGUGUACAUGACCUUCGUGCAGGCAACCAGUGGUGGAGGUGGUUGGCCAAUGAGUGUCUGGCUGACUCCAGACCUUAAGCCCUUUGCAGGGGGGACCUACUUCCCUCCUGAAGAUGGAGUUCAUCGCCUUGGCUUUCGGACUGUGCUGCUCCGAAUCGCAGAGCAGUGGAAGGAGAACAAAGAUGGCCUGCUGGAAAACAGCCAUAAGAUCCUGGAAGCGUUGCGACACACGUCUGAGAUGCGUGUGCAGGGCCGGGAGUCACCCCCACCAUCCAAAGAGGUGAUGACCACCUGUUUCCAGCAGCUCUCCAACUCCUAUGACGAAGACUACGGUGGCUUCUCUGAAUCCCCCAAGUUCCCCACCCCAGUGAAUUUGAAUUUCCUCUUCACGUACUGGGCUCUGCACCGAACAACUCCAGAAGGUGCCCGGGCACUGCAGAUGGCUCUGCAUACCCUCAAGAUGAUGGCUCAUGGGGGUAUCCAUGACCACAUUGGUCAGGGGUUUCAUCGUUACUCCACCGACCAGCGCUGGCAUGUCCCUCACUUUGAGAAGAUGCUGUAUGACCAGGGGCAGCUGGCAGCCACAUACAGCAGAGCGUUUCAGAUCUCCGGUGACAAAUUCUUUUCUGAUGUUGCCCAAGACAUUCUUCUCUAUGUCUCACGUGACCUGAGUGACCAGACAGGAGGUUUCUACAGCGCAGAAGAUGCCGAUUCCUACCUGACCACUGAAUCUGAACAGAAAAGAGAAGGAGCUUUCUGUGUGUGGGCAGCUGAGGAAAUCCGGGCUCUCCUUCCUGACCCUGUCGAGGGGGCGACAGAGGGGACGACCUUGGGAGAUGUCUUCAUGCACCACUAUGGAGUGAAGGAAACCGGCAAUGUCAGCCCCAUGAUGGACCCCCAUCAGGAGCUGAAGGGCAAGAACGUCCUUAUGGUGCGGUGCUCCCCGGAGCUGACGGCGGCGCGGUUCGGGCUGGAGCCGGGCGGGCUCGGGGCGUUGCUGCGGGAGGGCCGGCAGCGGCUGGCUGCAGCGCGGGACCAGCGGCCGCGGCCGCAUUUGGACACCAAGAUGCUGGCGGCGUGGAACGGGCUGAUGAUCUCGGGCUUUGCCCAGGCUGGGGUGGCCCUGGCCCAGCAGCACUACGUGAGCAGGGCUGCAGAGGCAGCUGCCUUCCUGCGGAGGCACCUUUUCGAGCCCACCAGCGGCAGGUUGCUGCGGAGCUGCUACCGGGGCAAGGACGGCACGGUGGAGCAGAGUGCUGUGCCCAUCCAGGGCUUCCUGGAGGAUUAUGCCUUCGUCAUCCAGGCUCUCUUUGACCUGUAUGAAGCUUCCCUGGAGCAGAGCUGGCUGGAGUGGGCCCUGCAGCUCCAGCACAUGCAAGACAAGCUCUUCUGGGACCCCAAAGGCUUUGCAUAUUUCUCCAGUGAGGCUGAUGACUCCUCUCUGCUCCUGCGCCUGAAGGAUGACCAAGAUGGAGCAGAGCCCACUGCCAACUCUGUCAGUGUCACAAACCUGCUCCGAGCAGCUUGUUACUCAGGCCAGAUGGAGUGGGUGGAAAAAGCUGGACAGAUCUUGGCUGCCUUCUCAGAGAGGCUGAGGAAGAUCCCAAUAGCCCUGCCAGAGAUGGCCCGGGCCACUGCUGUCUUUCAUCACACCCUCAAACAGGUCGUUAUCUGUGGGGAUCCCCAAGGAGAAGACACCAAAGAGAUGCUGCGCUGUGUCCACUCUGUCUUCAGCCCAAACAAGGUGCUGCUGCUGGCAGAUGGAGACAGCUCUGGGUUCCUCCACCGCCAGUUGCCUUUCCUUGCCUCCCUGGAGAGGAAGGAUGGAAAAGCCACCGCCUACCUCUGCAGCAACUUCUCCUGCUCCCUGCCUGUCACCUCACCCCAGGAGCUGCGGAGGAUGCUCAGCCCGUGAGCCCCUCAGCCCCUCUGCCUACAUAAAGGCAAGGGGCCCAAAGACUGUCACACCAGCCUGGGAACACAGAGAGACCCAUAAUAAAGCCACUCUGGGCAUUAACUGCCUCGUGGAUGGUUCCUGGCAGCAGCAGGUUGGGCUUUGCCUGCACUGUGGCUCCAGCAACAUCUUGGCAGAUCUGGCUGA